CGUUCAGUGAGAGACAGCGAGAGAGAGGAGGGGGAGGAGGAGGAAGAUGGCGUCUCUGGCGGCUUGAUAUACGCUGGCAGUUGCUUGCUCAGAAUAAAACAGCGAAGGCGAUCGGUAACGCUGAGGCAAAAAAGAAAACGAAAUAAAAAAGAAACAUAAAGGAGAGCGGCAGAAAGCAAGGCGGCAGAGGAGGCAUGCUGGCUUCCUAGUUGCUCUUCCUCCUCUUGACUGACACUUGCACGCAUGCACAGGCAGCGGUGAAGAAGAAGCUGCUGCUGCUGAUGAUGAUGAUGAAGAUGAUGAUGCACACGUAGCCUGGCCGCGAAUCGGCGUGACCCCGACGGGAAGGAAGGAAGGAAGGACGGACGGAAGGAAAUAGGAAGGAAGGAGUUGGACUUGACAGAAGGAUGGGGGGAGUGAGCGAGGGUGACGACGUGCUGGCCAGAUGGAGCGACGGGCUCCUCUACCUGGGCAACGUCAAGCGGGUAGACACCGUCAAGCAAUGCUGCCUGGUCAGGUUUGAGGACAACUCCGAGUUCUGGGUCCUGAGAAAAGACAUCCACUCCUUCGCAGCCGGCGAGGAAGACGUUUGCUGUAUCUGCGAGGCCCCGCCUCUUAAAGAACCCCUCGUAAAUUGUCUGAAAUGUCGCCAUGGUUAUCACGCCGAGUGCCACACGCCCAGCAUCGAGCCCGAAGCCGACGACGAAUCCUGGAUCUGUCGCCAGUGCGUCUUUGCCGUGGCAACCAAGAGAGGGGGUGCCAUUAAACGUGGCCGCUUUGCUCGCCUGAUGCACUCCAUGAAGCUGCGGUUGCCGUAUCAGCUGACGUCUUUGGACUGGGACGCGCAGCACCUGUCCAAUCAGCAGCAGUGUUACUGCUACUGCGCCGGACCCGGAGAGUGGAACCUGAAGAUGCUUCAGUGCGGAAGCUGCGGCCAGUGGUUCCACGAGGCCUGCACGCAGUGUCUAAGCAAGCCUAUCCUCUACGGCGACCGGUUUUAUCAGUUCCAGUGCUCAGUGUGUAAUAAAGGACCCGAAACAGUCAAAAGACUCCCCAUGACCUGGGUGGACUUGGCCCACUUGGUGCUCUACCACCUGUCCCUGUGCUGCAAGAGAAAAUACUUUGAUUUUGACCAUGAAAUCUUGUCCUUCACCAACGAGAACUGGGACUCGUUGCUCCUGGGCGAGCUCUCUGAUACACCAAGGCAAGAGCGAUGUCACAAUCUCCUCAACGCACUCAACUCCCAAAAGGACCGGUUUGUCUCUGGAAAAGAAAUCAAGAAGAAGAAGUGUCUUUUUGGUCUUCAGGUUCGAGCGCCGCCGCCGCUGUUGUCCGAUUCGUCGCCCCUCAUCACUGAGCCGCCCAUCAGCAUUUCCCAUCGCAGAAGCCCGCCGUCGCUGCCGUGUCAGAGGAGGCCACCUGCACCCGAAUCACGUAAAUCAAAGCGGCGCAUCACCGAGACACAGGCUUGUCCGCCGCCCGUUCCGUCCAACGCAGUGGAGCCGCUGCCAUUUUGCCACGGCUACGCGGGAGGAGACGGCCUGUAUGCGCCUGCAAAGUCCCAGGAAGAACUCCAUCUGAGUUCUCCCCCCAAGCGGAUGUACGCCCUCUACCACACGGCGCUCGCCAGAGGUCUGCAUCACUCCAGCAGCACGGAGGACGGCCGCCGAGUAGCUCCGCCCUGCUUUCCGUACCCGCUCAACUCCAGCGAGCGCCUGCACCAGCCGGGACACAAGCAAGCGGAAGACCUCCUGCUGUGCGACUCGCCGCCUUGCCCCCUGCCGGGUGGGGCUGGAAGCCCGGACGGGGCGCACGACGGGCGGCUCCCCAGGAGCUGGGGCGGAGGCGAGGCGGUCAGAAUCCUGGCCAGACGCGUCACGCCCGAUGGGAAGGUGCAGUACCUGGUGGAGUGGGACAACGUGGGCUUGUACUGAUCCCCGAGAGAAGAGGAGGCAAAACGCAGGUUGCUCGGGCCCGGCGGUGCGCUCGUGUGGGCCGCUGCGAUUAGAACCUUUGACCGGUUGCCUUUUGGGGGAGCCGCGGCCCCGCCAGGGCGCUUCGCUUUCACAGAGACUUCAAAAGCUGGUUGGUUCCGUCUUGGAUAGUGGUGCCUUGAGCUAUGAGUUGAGUUGGCUGGGAACACAAAACACACCCGUCUCAAAACAUUUUUCAGCCUUUAAUCCGGGUGGCAGCCAUACCCCCAAAACACAACAUAAAAAGUUGUCGUCUUUUUGAACCAGAAAAUUAGCACUCUGAUAUUAUGCCUGAUAAAAGACAUGUCAGAAUGGCAUUGUUUCAUAGCCUGUAAAUGGAAUUCAACUGGUUUUGACACACUUUGGCUCAAAUGGAGACUCCGAAAUAUUCGUCGUUCUUUGCAAAACAUAACCAAUAUAUGCCUGUGCAUAUUACUUUGAUCUGUCUAAGUGCGUGUAUUGCGUCACAACUAUGCGGUGCCCAAAGGUUUAUAAAACUACCAGGCAGAUGCUAGUCCUUAGCCCAUCUAUGACAUUUUCCAUUCAGUGUUAGCAUUAAGCUAACAGAACUCAAGUAAUUCAGAACAAAAAAGGACCGAUCAGUUUUUCCCAUUGAAAUGAAUGGAAAUGCAAGUUGUCCGUUCCAGAUUCCCCCAUCCCUCCACCAUGGAAAAAACAUUUUUGUAAUGGGUUUUGAUGUAAUGAUUAAAAAUAGCACUCUACACACAUGCAUGUCACACAAAGUAUCGACAGAUGAUCAAUUAUUGCAAUCAUCUGUAGUACAAGUGACGUAAUAAUUUGCUGUCCAGCAAAGCGAAUGAGUUUCGAAUCUCCAACAAACUUCAUAAAAUCGAGGACCCCCCCCAAUGCUAAAAUAUACCCCAAGUCAUCUGGCACAGUUCUCGCAUUGGAUUUUGUCACCAAGCGAUUGUAGCUUUCUUAACUAAUAUUUGAGACAUGUUGGUCACUGCUAAUCAGAUGUCAGUCUUAAGUCUAUGAAAUGAUUCUAAUUGGGCAGCCACAUUAUUAUUUUGCAUUCGGGACGGAGAAGGGCCUGCAAUGGUGUGGAAUGUAUUUUGUGUGUUUUUUAAUGCUAUGUUUGUACGGUCAAGUGCUCGUUUUAGCUGGUUCUCUCAAAACAAGGAAGGAGGGAAUAAAGACGCACAUG